AUGACAGUUGCAGUUGAAGAAGCGAAUUAUCCACAUUUGGUACUAAGAGGAACACCUUAUGAACGUGGAUUUGAACACGGCCGGUCCUUGAAAAAUAAAAUCUCACAAUUGGGCCAACACUACAAAGAGUCUGACACUUUACCACCAUGGGACUGGUGUGAGAAUGUCAUUGUAAAUUGUUACUUGCCAGCACUAGCUCAAUAUGACCCAUAUGCCAUGGAGGAAAUUAGAGGCAUCUCUGAAGGUUCAGAAACUGAGUUGACUGUUAUCAUGUUGAUCAAUGCGAGAUACGACUUGACCAAGUAUAAGAACAACGAUCAGUUUUCCAAAAGUUUGGAUACAACUGCUGAUGAAUGCACCACCGGUACUUUAAUCGAUGAGGGUUCUGUUAAGAUGAUUCAAAAUUGGGACCUUGAUGACUAUGUUUACAAAUACGAUUUAUGUGUCAUCCUGGAAACCCAUACUAGUCCGCAAGAGAAUUUGCCAAAAUGUAUCCUCACUUUGGGUGAAGUGGGUCAAUUGGGUAGAUCUGGUAUGAACUCUAAGGGUCUCGGUUUAUGUGCCAAUGCCUUGAACAGUAACAUGGAUUUCUUCGCAUUCCCUCAGGAUUUUAACGAUAAAAAUGAGGUGGAACAAGUGAAAGAGAAAUACGGUAUCAAGUUACCUGUGAUUCCUAUCUCAUUUGCCAGAAGGAAGUUUUUAAGUUGUCACUCUUUCGCCAAUGGGUUAAAAUAUAUCGUCCAAGCGCCAAGACAUGUGUCUGGUAACGUUAUGGUAGCCACUAGAGAAGCAGUAGCAAUGGAUUUCGAAUUGACUGAUACUUCUUAUCAAAUUGUUCAUCCUACUUAUGUGGAUUCCAAGACUGGUGCUGAAAUUUUACCUUGUUCGGAUGCCCGUGCCAUCUUGACCCAUUCCAACCAUUUCUUGUUGCCUAGAUACUCAUGUUCAGGUCAAUACAUACACUGCAAAAACCCUGGAGGAUCCUCCUUUUACAGACAUAACAUCAUGACCAAGAGAUUUGUUGAUAUCAUCAAGGGUACGCCAGUGAAAGAUGGUAUCCCAAUGGACUCCAUUCGCGAAGCUAUCAGCGACACCACUUGCGCUCCAAACAGUUUAUCUGAGGAGGAGAAUCCAAGAUGUGAAACAGCUUUCGACGAACCUGAGGAAAUAUUGAUGACUGUGGCUACUGCUAUCUACGAUUUGAAUAAAGGUACCGCCAUUUUCUGCAAGGGUCCUCCACAUUUGUCCAAACAAUGGAAGAAGAUCCAGAUUACAAUGGAAUGA